AUGUCUGCGUCUACCUUUCAUCAGAGCGAUAACGCUGAAGUGUAUCGUACCAAUACUUCUUUUGUGAGUUAUGUUGAUUUGGUAAUCGAGAGAGCCCGAAUCCUGACAGAUAAUCAUUCUUUACUGGUAAAGGUAUUCAGCGAUGAGAAUACAAAAGCAGUUCUCACUUUACUCGAUCCACAACCCGGGGAAGUGAUCUUGGACGUAGGAUGCGGUUCAGGUGAAAUAACCGCAAAGAUUCAUUCUAUUGUUUCACAACCCGGUCCAAAUGGCAAGACUGGAAAAGUGAUUGGAGUGGAUAAAAGUGAAGAUAUGAUCAAAGCAGCAUCAAAAGGAAACUCUUCGGAAACACUUGAGUACUUCUUUUGUGAUGGUCAUGAAUUGCAACCUUGGUUAGUCAAAACAGGCAAACAAGGAACAUUUGAUAAAGUGUUUAGUAAUGCGGCUUUACACUGGAUGAGUCGUGAUCCUGCUGCUGUCGUGCAUGGCAUGUUCGAUGCUUUGAAACCCGGGGGUACAAUGGCCGUCGAAUUUGGUGGUCAUAUGAAUGCGAUCGGUGUCGUUUCUGGCUUGCACAGCAUCUUGGCCAAAAAAGGCGUAGAUGCAAAGAGCGUUCAUCCAUGGUACUUUCCUACGCCAAAGCAAUAUUCUAUCAUUUUGCAAAAUGCAGGUUUUCAAAGCCCAGAUACCGCUUAUCUCUUUCCACGACCAACUCCUUUACCAAAGGGUUCAGGUAUUAAAGGUUGGCUAAAGACAUUCUCGGGUCACUUCCUCAAUGCAUUGCCUACUGAACAAGAUCGUAUUGACGCACUGCAAGAACUUGAAGACAUGCUCAAAGUGGACAUGUACGACGAACAGGAAGAUGAGUGGACGCUGAUGUACGUCCGCUUGCGCAUUAGAGCCAAGAAGCCUUAA